UGUUCAAUCGCACAGGCGGAAGCAACAUCUUCGGCAGAGCAGCAGCGGGUGUGGUUCGGAGUAGGACGGCUGUCUCACCUAGCAGUUCUUUUCCUUAUUUUAAGCUACGUGAAAAGGGGGAUUUUGUCGGAGGAAUCACGGAGGAAUCAUUCGAUUGCGAUAUUUUUGCUGUGCGGGCUGAGGCUUGGCAAGAACAAUGGCUACCCAGUCUGAUUUGAUGGAGUUGGACAUGGCUCUGGGUGACAGUAAGGCUGCUGUGAGUCAGUGGCAGCAGCAGUCCUAUCUGGAUUCAGGCAUCCAGUCUGGGGUCACCACCACAGCCCCGUCUCUGAGUGGCAAGGGCAACCCUGAUGCUGAAGAGGAGGACCCAACACUGUAUGACUGGGAGUUCAACCAGCCUUUCACUCCAGAGCCUACAGACAUCGAGGGUUAUGCCAUGACGCGAGCUCAGCGUGUCCGGGCCGCAAUGUUCCCGGAGACUCUGGAGGAGGGACUUCAGAUCCCUCCCACCCAGCUGGAUGCUGCUCACCCAACUGCAGUGCAGCGUCUGGCUGAACCGUCUCAGAUGCUGAAGCACGCCGUGGUCAACCUCAUAAACUACCAGGAUGACGCUGAGCUGGCCACACGCGCUAUACCUGAACUCACUAAGCUACUCAAUGAUGAAGACCAGGUUGUCGUGAAUAAAGCGGCUGUCAUGGUGCAUCAGUUGUCAAAGAAGGAAGCGUCACGCCACGCCCUCAUGCGUUCGCCACAAAUGGUGUCCGCGGUUGUUCGCGCCAUGCAGAACACCGGCGACGUGGAGACUGCCCGUUGCUCUGCCGGCACGUUGCACAACCUGUCUCACCAUCGUGAAGGGCUCCUCGCAAUCUUCAAGUCUGGUGGCAUCCCUGCUCUGGUCAAGAUGUUGGGCUCACCAGUGGACAGUGUGUUGUUCUACGCCAUCACCACUCUCCACAACCUGCUGCUGCACCAAGAAGGGGCAAAGAUGGCGGUGCGUCUAGCCGGAGGACUGCAGAAGAUGGUGGCCCUCCUGGCAAACACUAAUGUCAAGUUUCUGGCAAUCACUACCGACUGCCUGCAGAUUUUGGCUUACGGCAAUCAAGAAAGCAAGCUGAUCAUUCUGGCCAGUGGUGGCCCUCAGGCUCUGGUUAAUAUCAUGAGGACUUUCACCUAUGAGAAGCUCCUGUGGACCACGAGCCGGGUGCUGAAGGUGCUCUCCGUUUGCUCAAGCAACAAGCCGGCCAUUGUUGAAGCUGGAGGCAUGCAGGCCUUAGGGCUUCAUCUGACAGACCCGAGCCAGCGUCUGGUCCAGAACUGCCUCUGGACUCUGAGAAAUCUGUCAGACGCUGCCACCAAGCAGGAGGGGAUGGAGGGUCUCCUCGGCACUUUGGUUCAGCUCCUCGGCAGCGACGACAUCAACGUGGUGACCUGUGCGGCUGGCAUUCUCUCCAACCUGACCUGCAACAACUACAGUAACAAGCUCAUGGUUUGCCAGGUCGGUGGCAUUGAAGCUCUGGUGAGGACGGUGCUCCGUGCCGGUGAUAGAGAGGACAUCACCGAGCCAGCAGUCUGUGCCCUCAGACACCUGACCUCCCGCCACCAGGACGCCGAGAUGGCCCAGAAUGCCGUUCGCCUUCACUAUGGUCUGCCCGUGGUGGUCAAACUACUCCACCCUCCAUCCCACUGGCCACUCAUUAAAGCAACAGUUGGUUUAAUCCGCAACCUGGCUCUCUGCCCGGCCAACCACAGCGCCCUGCGGGAGCAAGGCGCCAUCCCCCGACUGGUCCAGCUGCUCGUCAGAGCUCACCAGGACACCCAGCGGCGCACCAGCAUGGGAGGCAACCAGCAGCAGUUUGUGGAAGGUGUGCGUAUGGAGGAAAUAGUGGAAGGUUGCACAGGAGCUCUGCACAUUCUAGCCCGGGAUGUCCACAACCGGAUCGUCAUCAGAGGGCUAAACACCAUUCCGCUCUUUGUCCAGUUGCUGUAUUCUCCAGUGGAGAACAUCCAGCGUGUUGCAGCAGGAGUUCUGUGUGAGCUGGCUCAGGAUAAGGAGGCUGCAGAAGCCAUCGAAGCUGAAGGAGCCACCGCGCCCCUCACCGAGCUGCUGCACUCCCGCAACGAGGGUGUAGCCACCUAUGCUGCAGCCGUCCUGUUCCGCAUGUCUGAGGACAAACCGCAGGACUACAAGAAACGUCUGUCUGUGGAGCUGACCAGCUCUUUAUUCAGGACUGAGCCCAUGGCCUGGAAUGAUACUGGAGACCUGGGACUGGAUAUUGGGGCACAGGGAGACCCUCUGGCCUACAGACAGGAUGACGCAGCGUAUCGUGCUUACCCAGCUGCCUACGGGCAGGACGCCCUGCUGGACCCAAUGAUGGACGGUGCUGACUAUCACACUGACGCUCUCCCUGACCUGGGCCACCACACCGACCCUCUGCCAGAUCUCGGUCACACCCAGGACCUGAUGGACAGCAACCAGCUGGCCUGGUUUGACACCGACCUGUAGGAUUGUUUCUCCGGAUAGAACCUGCAUUACGACUGGCCUGUAUUGUUUGAAACAGCAUUACGAUUGCCCUGCAGAGUGUUAAAGGUGAAGCGGUCUUUGAAAGUGCCUGACACAUGAAAACGACGAUGGUUGCCACAGGAAUGCUUCAGCAUGUUGAAAUUUGGAGGGAAAUGAGACUUAAAGUAUCAGAUACGGAAACAAGCGGAGGUCUAAGAGCAGGUUAGCUUUUUGAACGAACGCACACGAGGUGACUCUUAAGUUUGAAACACACUUGUUUUAGCCUGGCCUGUAUUACCAAUUUAUUUUUCUUUUUUUUUUUUUUACUCUGUACGUUUAAAUUUUUCUUUUGUAUUAUUCAUUCUGUCAUGGUACUGACCCAGCUUGCCUUCACACUAGCUAUAUUCUUUUUCUUUUCAGUGCUAACUACCUGUAAUUUUAUUAUUUUUUUUAAACCUUCAUUACACAUAGUGUUAAGUUAUAGUGUUAUUAUACAAUGUUCCUUUGCUUAUGGUCAAAUGUGUAGAACACUAAUAAUCAGUUGAAUUGUACUCUGACUUAAAGUGUAACAUUGUGUAGUUUGUUUUUUAUAAUCUCAAAAAUGGAGAAUUAUGCAUUCUUAUUAUGUGCUUGUUGAAGCAUAAACUAUGUCAGUGUCACAAAUGUUCUAAAGAGGGGGCGGGGCUAAAUUGAGGGUGGAUCGGGGGAUAAAUCUAGAGACAAGUGUUUUAUAUCAAAGUAUCACUGGUAGGUUAACUAUUUUGUAUGCCAUCAUUGGAUGUCUGAUAGAACUCUAACGCUGUCAUCGGUGGUCUGAUAAAACCCAGUUUUAUGUGCUAUCGGGGGUAGCUACGUUGACAAACAGUUUUAGUCCUGCUGUGAUUAUUUUCAAGAGGAGUUAACGACACGACUGAAUAAUAAAAUGGCAUUUUAUUUCA